AUGCCGAAACUGCUCCAGCUCUGUGACCCUUCUGAGAUAGCAGCAUCCAGACAUGUUUCAUAUAUGCAGCUCGGCAAGUCAUAUUGCCUAACACCUGCAGAAAGCCCACCCGACCCCCAAAACGCUUCUUCAUCUGUAUGGGAUGAGCGACGCUUAGAUGUGAAACUCAAUGACAAGGCUCUGUACUGCACGGAAGAACAGCGCGAAGCCAUUCGUGGCAUCUACGCACCAGGCGGUGGUCGCAUCGCGGAGAUCUUUUCUGAGACUCCCGCCAGUCAGGCUGAUGCUCUCACAUUUCUGAAGGACCACAAGCUCGAUUCGGAGUCACUGGAGAUGUUGGAGAGUAGAUGGAGUAUUGCCAGUGUGGUUCGAUGGAAGCGGAAGGGACCUCCAGCCGUCACAGUAGUCCGUACAACGUACCAAUGUGUCUGUGGAUACAAUACUGCUUCUCGCCAAGUAGGAAAGAAGAAGCGUACUGAAAAUGAUGUGCAAGUCUCUAAAGAAUGGAGUCGACACGCUCCUUAUGAUUUUACAAGUUGCUUAGUCCACGCAGAUAUUACAUAUAUCGACGUCGCCCCUCGUAUCAUAAGCCGUGUUAUCGGAUGGUUUCAGCAUAACGAUGCAUGUCAGAAAUCAUUGCUCGUUCGCUAUCCAGCUAUACCUCUUCAUGAGCAUGUUAUUCAGGUUGCGUUGAGGCAACUUCAACGAGGACUCGGGUUAGUAUCGUAG